AUGACAUUUGUUGCAGCUAACAGGAUGGAGUGGCUGUUCCAGCGCUGCCACAAAGAGGCUGUUUUGAACUCAGUCUUUCGCUCGGUGCUGCUCAUGUCAUGUUUGUUCCUGGUCCUGACCGUGUCCAUGUAUCCUGUGUUGUGGUCCGUCGGGGUCCAGCUUCAUUCAGUCUUCACAGGGAGCUACGUGCCGGGUCACCAUUCUGUGCUUCUCAUCAACAGCCCCAACGAACAGGCAGCCAAGGACAUUGGCAGAGCAAUCAUGGACAGACGGCUGGCAGCCAGUAUUAACAUUCUCUCCAGGACCUCCACAAUGUACUAUUGGAAAGGUGAAAUCCAGGAUGCAAGUGAAAUCCUCAUGCUGGUGAAAACAAAGACCUCCAGGAUCCAGCAAGUCAUAGAUUAUGUGAGGUCUGUGCAUCCCUAUGCAAACCCAGAAGUCCUCAGUUUCCCAGUGGAGGACGGCAGUCUGGCCUACAUGAAGUGGAUGGAUGAAGCCAUUCCAGAUGACUGA